AUGCCCCAUAAAAAAAAAAAAGUGAGGUUGGUUAGUGGUCACAGUCGCUGUGCUGGUCGAGUGGAGGUUCUUCAUAGAGGUCAGUGGGGAACAGUGUGUGACCUUGGCUGGGAUUUGGCUGAUGCUGCAGUGGUGUGUAGAGAGCUGGACUGUGGAGACCCUGUAGAUGCUCUGGGUGCUGCUCAUUUUGGAUCAGGAUCAGGACCGAUCUGGAUGAGUCUUGUGUUAUGUUACACUGAUCUCCGACUAGAAAAUGGUUCAGACUCUUGUUCUGGUCGAGUUGAACGUCAGUACUUUCGUAAAUGGGGCACAGUGUGUGAUGCAUGCUGGGAUAUGAGAGCUGCCAGUGUCCUCUGUAGACAGCUGAAUUGUGGGAUUGCUAUGUCUGUUGUGGGAUCAGACUGGUUUGGAGAGGGCAGUGGUGAAAUCUGGGCUGAUGUGUUUGAUUGUGACGGGAAUAGGCUGGUGGGUUCUGGGGGAGACUGUGCAGGGAGGCUGGAGGUUUUUCACAAUGGCUCAUGGGGGACAGUGUGUGAUGACUCCUGGGAUAUUAAAGAUGCUCAUGUGGUGUGCAGACAGCUGCAGUGUGGAGUGGCCCUCAGUAACCAGCAGGUACCAGCCUGGUUUGGUCCUGGUUCUGGACCCAUAUGGCUGGAUGAGGUGGAGUGUAAGGGGAAUGAGACGUCUCUGUGGAGCUGCUCUUCUCCAGGCUGGGGAAAACAUGACUGUCAAACAAAGGAGGAUGUAGGAGUUGUGUGCUCAGUCUGUGAUGAUCACUGGGACAUCAGCGACGCUCAGGUGGUCUGCAGGCAGCUGGGUUGUGGAGCAGCACUGAGGGCUGAUGGGAAUUCAGUCUUUGGUGCUGGUGAAGGUGUUGUGUGGAUGAACAAAGUCGAGUGCAGAGGGAAUGAGAUUCACCUGUGGGACUGUCCUCUCUCCCUGAAUAACCACACUGACUGCUCACACAAAGAGCAUGCUGGACUCACCUGUGCAGGUCACAACAAACACUUAGGAAUAAUAUUACUUUUUAGAUUAUUUUAUGUAUUUGUGAUUUUGAAUGUGUUUGUGUCUGUUUUGUCAGAUAUGUCACUGUCCACUACUCCUGCCACAACAUCAUCAGCUUCUUCUCCAGUUUCUCCUUCAGUGCGCUCAACAUCAGUCUCUCCUUCACAAACUCCUCCACCAGAGUCUCCCUCAGUGCUUGUGAUUGUUCUGGGAGUUGUGCUCUUACUGCUCUUAGUGCCACUGCUACCUCUAAGAGGAGACACAGGAUGGCGACUGAGGCCGUUUAUGAGGAGAUUCAGCACAGACCCACAAAUAGCUUCAAUCUCUUCACUCAGAGGGGUGAGCAAUGUGAGGUUGGUUGGUGGUAUCAGUCCCUGUGCUGGUAGAGUGGAGGUUCUUCAUGAUGGUCAGUGGGGAACAGUGUGUGAUGAUAACUGGGAUAUGACUGAUGCUGAAGUGUGUAGAGAGCUGGACUGUGGGGCUCCUGUACAGGUGCUGGGAGCAGCUGCUUUUGGCAAAGGGGAUGCUAAGAUUUGGAAACAAGAGAUUCAGUGCAGAGGAGAUGAAUCACACAUUGAAUUAUGUUCUACAUCCAGCUCUUCACAUAAACACUGUUCCCAUGGAAAUGCUGUAGGAUUAAUAUGCACUGGUUACACUGAUCUCAGACUGGAAAACGGUCCUGACAUCUGUUGUGGUCGAGUCGAACGUCAGUACUUCAGUAAAUGGGGCACAGUGUGUGAUGCAUGCUGGGAUAUGAGAGCUGCCAGUGUCCUCUGUAGACAGCUGAAUUGUGGGAUUGCUGUGUCUGUUGUGGGAUCAGACUGGUUUGGAGAGGGAAGUGGUGAAAUUCCUCUCUGGCUCUUCAUGAUGGUCUGGCGCGGUUGUCUGGAGAGAGACAGUCGGGGGUCCAUCAGGCUGGUGGGUUCUGGGGGGGACUGUGCAGGGAGGCUGGAGGUUUUUCACAGCGGCUCAUGGGGGACAGUGUGUGAUGACUCCUGGGACAUUAAAGAUGCUCAUGUGGUGUGCAGACAGCUGCAGUGUGGAGUGGCCCUCAGUAACCAGCAGGUACCAGCCUGGUUUGGUCCUGGUUCUGGACCCAUAUGGCUGGAUGAGGUGGAGUGUGAGGGGAAUGAGACGUCCCUGUGGAGCUGCUCUUCUCUAGGCUGGGGAAAACAUGACUGCAUACACAAGGAGGACGUAGGAGUCAUGUGCUCAGAGUUUAAAGAGAUAAGGUUAACCGAGGGAUGUGAAGGGAAUCUGGAGGUUUUCUACAAUGGAUCCUGCUCUGGGAGGCUGGAGGUGUAUCAUAACGCUGUGUGGGGCUCAGUCUGUGAUGAUCAGUGGGACAUCAGCGAUGCUCAGGUGGUCUGCAGGCAGCUGGGUUGUGGAGCAGCACUGAGGGCUGAUAGGAAUUCAGUCUUUGGUGCUGGUAAAGGGGUUGUGUGGAUGAACAAAGUCGAGUGCAGAGGGAAUGAGAUUCACCUGUGGGACUGUCCUCUCUCCCUGAAUAACCACACUGACUGCUCCCACAAAGAGCAUGCUGGACUCACCUGUGCAGGUCACUACAAAACACUGAGGAAUAAUAUUAAUUUUAUAUCAUUUUAUGUAUUCAUAAUAUGUAAUAUGUUUGUUUCUGUUUUGGCAGAUUUAUCAGAUGUGUCAGUGUCCACUACUCCUGCCACAACAUCGUCAGCUUCUCCUCCAGUUUCUCCUUCUGUGCGCUCAACAUCAGUCUCUCCUCCACAAACUCCUCCACCAGUGUCUUCCCCAGUGCUUGUGAUUGUUCUGGGAGUUGUGCUCUUACUGCUCUUAGUGCCACUGCUUAUACUGAUUCAGCAGAACAGGACGAAGACCGAGGCCGUUUAUGAGGAAAUUUAUCACAGACACAAUCACUUCACUCAGAGGGGCUUCCUGCUUUUAACCACAGAAUCCAGCAGUGGAAACCACAUUGCUGUGUUUGUGUAA